GAAAAUAUGUGUGUUUAAAGUCCAUAAUAUCUUGUUGAUAUGUGAUAUGUGUUAAUCAAAUAUAUUGUAUGUCGGAUAGUAAUUUUAAAAUAUUCUGUGUGCCCAAUAAACCUUUUUCGACAACUAAAACCAACAUUCUAUUCAGAGACAAAACAUUAUCUGUGGCUACAACCAAGUGUCAACAAUGAAAACAAUAAUAAUAAACGAACAAAUCAAUCUAAGAGUUGUGAAAUAUGAAUUAGAUUUUUCAAGUCUGUACAAGCCCAGGCAGAUGAAGAGGAGGAGAAAAGAAAUAAAAGUACCCUCAUUCAAAAAACAUUUUGAAAUACCCUCACCACCAGUUGUAAAUCCACAGAAAAAAACGGAUGUGAAAAUUCUCAUAGAAGAAUUACUAGAGGAGUUAUAUGGCGACCGGCAUGAUUGGAGUAGCAGCAGUGCGGUUGGAUGCAGCUAUGGAUCCACAACAGUGGCCUCUGUGACAUCAGGCCAAUCAAACUGUGGAGACCAAACCGAUGCCAUCGAACUUAGCUACUUGGAAUCUUUAGAUACUGAAGAACUUCGCUCACAAGUCAUAGAAUGGCAGAGGAGUUUACAAACAGCUGGGGCUCGACUCGCAAAAUAUUUAAGAAUGCGAGACAAGCAACGCCGUUAUCAGAAAAAGCUCUGCGCGGCAUUUAGCGUCCUGCUAAGACAUAUUACUGGCGACACAAAUGCACGGUUCGGAGUGACCCCAGGCGGCGAAGGCCCAGGCGAGGGAGGCUUCGCAGAAUGGCUGCAUGCAAUGCGGCUAGUGGCCCGUCUGCCAGCUGGAGUGCCACAGCAUUUUCGCAGAAGACUAUGGCUUACUUUGGCGGACCGUCAUCUCAGCUCCAGGAACAUAGACUGGCCUGCAGCAGAGCGAGCCUGCUUCAGAGGCACAGCACAACCAGAUGAUGCAGAGCUUAGCGCUCAAAUUCUUAAGGACCUGCAUCGUACCGGUUGCUCACUAUUCUGUGGGACUGAGGGACGGGAGAAUCAGGCGAUGCUAAGAAGGGUUUUGUUGGCUUACGCACGAUGGAACAAAGAAGUAGGAUACUGCCAGGGGUUCAACAUGAUGGCUGCUAUCAUAUUAGAAGUAAUGGAGAAAGCAGAACCGGAUUCUUUGAAGGUGAUGAUUUAUUUGGUGGAGGCUGUUUUACCUGAAGGCUACUUUGCUGACGACCUUCGCGGACUGUCAGCUGACAUGGCUGCCUUUCGAGACCUUUUGCGACUCCGGCUACCACGACUUGCCAACCAUAUGGAUUAUUUACAGAAAAUAUCUGAUGGUGGUGGAGUAGAGCCUCCAUUACCGGAUGUGUUUACAAUGCAAUGGUUCCUGACUUUAUACGCAACUUGGCUCCCUCGAGACGCUCUUCUAAGGAUAUGGGAUUUGAUUCUACUAGACGGGAACGAGAUAUUAUUGCUCACAGCUCUUGCUAUUUGGGAUAUGCUUCAAGAUCGAAUACUAUCAGCCCGUUCUGCAGACGAAUUCUACAGUUGUAUGGGGGGAGGGGCCAGCACUGUGUGGGAAGCGAGUGAUGCUCUAGUCGCUAGGGUAGUCUCUCUGAACUCUGCACCAGAAUUGCCUGGUCUUCGGAACCUACAUCGGUAUAGGGUGACCCCACCAGUGCCACCAAAUGCGCCUACACAUCCACCUAUACAAUCAGCGAUGCAGUCAAUGACGAAACGAGGUCUACGGCUAUUCUAUUCGGAAGAUGAAGGCGACUCCAGUGACGAUGGCAAUAAAUUAGCACUAGCUACGGUGAUUCCCCGACGAGAUAACCGGUCAGGAACGGGUGAUAGACUUACAUUAGAUAUUGGAGCAUUGAAGAGACAAUACGCACGCCUCAGAGAGCGACAAAGACAAGCUCACGUCAUUUUGGCGGCUGCCUGCGCCCGUCACGCUGCAGUUGGCGUACCGACAUCACCUACUUCACUGACGGUGAAUAACUUACUUCUUGGUAAAAGCGCUAUAGUUAGUUCAAGGGGAAGAAGACUUGGACCUCCUCCCGGAGCUGUACCUCCUUCUCGCCAAAGCUCAAGCCAUGAAAAAACGCCUUCGAAAGGAACUUUAAAUGAAACAAUCACAUGGAAAGAAGCAAAAACGCGUAAGACUUUAGAUAGGCGAAAUUCUGUUAAGUGGAAAGAUAUUAAAAAAGAAAAAGUAGAAGUAGGUAGAAAACCAUCCAUAGAUUUAGAUGAAAGUGGAGAUGGUAUUAUUGUAUCAGAAAUAGAAGCGAAUGAGAUGAUUGCCUCUAUUCGCUCUCGUAGUUCAAGUGAAUCCUCAUCAUACUCAUCGCAUUCUAGAUCUAGUACAGACACAAGCCUUUGCGAUGAAAAUGAAGGUGGAAGUGAAUCGGAAACCGAUUUAUUAGAUGUAGAUAAAGAAAAUGAAAAUAUGAAGACAAAACCGCUUAAAAACGAACAUAACUCUAAUAUUGAAAAUAUGUCAUCACCAACAAAAAAUCAAGCUACACCAUUGGAAACCACAAACUUUAAAUCUAUAAAUAAGGAAAAUUUAUCAACUGAACUUCAUGAAAGCAUAAGCAAUCCGAUACGACCAAACAAAGAUAAUCUCAACCUAAACCUUUCUGAAUCGCAUGCGUUACUUAGCAAUAAUAAAUAUAUAUCUGGUAAUGAGAGUACAUUCUUAUCAACUCGAACGUCUCGAAGUGGCAGGUCUAAUUUUUCCACAGCAAAUUUUACUGCUUUAAGUCCAGUUGAUUUAUCUCCUUACCAUCAUUUAAACCUACAAAAAUCUUCUUUUUGCUAUGACUUUGAAUCUAAUCUUAGACGACCUUCUACUUCUAAGGCUGAUUUAUCCAUAAGACCACCAGAUUUAAUCGAUAGUUUUACAAUGUAUCCUAAUUUUGUACCAGAUAUUGACAUAUCGGACAAAUACGCAUCAGAUAUUGAAAGUCCAAUUCAGAGUCCAGAAUCUGAUAGUGCGAUUGUGAGUGAAGAUGAGCCACCUAUUCCACUAAAAGUUGAUAAAUAUUUUGAAGAUAGUCCAGAAUUUUUUGGUGCACGCUUGACAGAUCCAAAUAACGAAAAUAUUCCUAGUCGAAGGCCAAUGAAAAGAAAUUCACGUAUACACAAAAAACCUGACUCAUUAACUAUAACAAGUGACGAUCAAGAUGAGGUUACAAAUGAAACUGAAAGAGCUUCUUCAUUGCCGCAAAGACACACAUUUGUCUGUAAAAAAUCAGUUAGCCCUGAUAAAGUCCAAGAGAUAAAACCUAAAGACAGUCCUAAAGUAGAAAUCCGUAUAGAUGUUAGAAAUGAGAAGUGUGUUGAUAUGAAAAGUCAAACUCCUGUUAAAGAUGUUGUCUCUUCUAUACAAAUCCCAAAAUUAGAUCAUAGUCCACAUGAAUAUGUUUUGCAAUCUGGCCGCAAAAAUAGCGAAAGAGCAUUACAAAUUAUACAAGAAAACUCUCAAAUUCUCAGUAGAAUACUCACAAAGCAAAAUGUAACAAAUACUGCAUCUGACGUUGCUCAUACGCAAAAAAAUAUAAAUAAGGAUAAAGAUAGUAAACUUGAUCUUAUUAUAUCAAAAUCACUUGACUCUCCAUUACUCAAAGAAUCCACUUCAGAUUCUUUAAUAGGCGGCAUUAAAAGGAAACCUCAUAGUGAAUUAUCCGACAAAAAUGAUUUUUUGAGAGCUCGGCCAAUAUCCAUAGAUGAUCCUUUUUCUUUUGAAAUGAGGAAAAAAUUGCUAUCAGAAGAAUUUUCCUUAAAACACUUGAAAAGUCCAAGUAGUGAAUGUCUUGGUAAUCAAACUGAUUUGUAUGGUUGGGAAAAUAAAGGAUUUUUUGCAAAAUGUGACUUUAAAACUACAUUACUCGAAGCAGAUGACUCUAAAGAUGCAGUUUCAAAUAAUAUUGAAACAACUCGAAAUUCCAAUUCUCGAAUGGAAUCCCUCUCGAAUGAUAAAAAACCUGAUUAUAACAAAUAUUCUUUAUCAAGUGAUUCGAAAACGUUUGUAACUCUAUCAUCAGAGCUAAAAGACACAUCUACAUAUGACCAGAAAUAUACCUCUGAUGAUUACAACUAUCCGAUAUCAACUUCCAGUAAAUAUAACGACUAUGUGUUAUCAAAAGUUAGUGAUAUAUGUAGUAGGACACUUGAUAAAGAGCCAAAAAUAUGUGAAACAAAAACAGAUAGUCAGUUGAGUGAUUUUUCCCAAAAAGUAACGUCCUCUAUUAGUUUUACUUACGAUCCUUCAAUGGAAGAUGAUUCGCCGAUGGGUGCAAAGAGUAAUUCCAGUGAUACAUUGUGUCAAAUAACGUCCUUGGACCAAAUAUCGACACCGAUAUCUCCAAAAACCUUUCCGCAGCGUGAGACACUCUCAUUUCCAAAAGACUAUACGAUAAAAAGUGAUACAGUGAGAAUAGAAUCAGAUGAUACGUGUAGUGCGAUAACGUCUCUUUUAGAAACAGACACAUUAUCGUCUUUGUCUAUGCCUCGUAGUCCAUCAUCUAGUUCGUACUAUCCGUUCCCAACAAGACCAGCUUUACGUACUCCUAAAGACUUUGGGGUGAGGUUAGGGCUUUACCCAAAAGAAGCAAUCAGUUCUCCACCUAAAUAAUGUUACUUAACUUUUCUAACUUUUUACAAUUUGAAUCGUUUAUAUGUGUGAUUUCUUGGAGUUGUGUUGUAUCCUUUGCUUAAGAAUAAAGCUGUAUUAUUUUAAGCAGACUGAUAGUGACGGCUGUUUUGAUUGGUGAAUGGAGCAAUAGAUUUUUUUAAACACAUUUUGUACUGUGAUUCGAGUCAAAUUAAAUAAUUGAAUGCUAUAUUCGAAUUCUUGUAGAAAUAAAAGAAACCAGUUGCCUUGAAUUAACUAUGUUGAUAAUUAGCGCAAAAUUAUAAUAAGUCAGAUAGAAAAUUUGUUCUCGGCAAAAAUAUAGCUUAAAUUUCUAAUAAGAGAAGAGCGUGAUGAUAUUUGUUAAGAGAAUAAUGUCAAAAAU